AUGGAUAAAUAUGGAUACAUAGAGGCUGCUGGUGUAAAGACCAGGAAAUUUCCCACUUACACUCUAAGUCCAAUAUCCAAAGGCUGUACGCUAGCCGAAAAGAAGGCGAAUGGUGAAAGACACUAUGAAGAACGGGUCUCGAAACAUUCAGAAAUAUAUCAACAAGAUGCACGAAAGGAUGAACUGCUGAAAGAAUGUCUGAAGUAUAUGCAGACAUUAGAAAAUGAUCAAGCAAAGGAAAUACCAUGGCAAAAUAAAGCCCUCCAUGGAUUGCACCAUUGGCAGAUAAUUGAUAUUGCGAAAUCCUACUAG